CCUCAAACCCCCUCCCACUACGUGCAGCUCUAGCUCCUCUUUCAAUCUGUUUUCAACCAUCCCCAGAUUGCUCGGCCGUGACAAUUUCUACAUAGCAUCGUAUUUACUCUAAAGAAUGGGCGCCCAUGCUCGCUACGGCACGAAAGCAACUCUCAUCAGCUAGGAUGCAAGCCACUGGGCCGUCGAGGAAGGACAAAAAGCGAGUUCGGAAAUUUACUUCCGAUGAUCGGGCGGCUCAUCGGAUAUUCGAGAAGAACCGCCGGGAGGCCUUCAAAGAAAAGUUGAAUGAGCUCGCCGGCCAAAUCCCAGGCCUCGCCGAGUGUGACCCACAGCGCCUCUCAAAGCACGUUGUGGUCGAGGAGAGCAUCACUCGCUGCCAGACCCUGCACCGGAGAUGUCUCGAUGCGCUUGGAGACAUUCGAGCGUUGAUCCAGGAGCGCGAUGAGCUCCUGCUCGAGGUCAACUCUCGUCGUCAGUUGGAGCGUAGGCCUCUCAGAUCGCCACAGGCUGUUGCGCUUCAUCUCGACGGCCUUGUGGAGUUGGAGAAGGAGGCGAAAUUGCUAGCGAAACCAGCCACAUCCCAGCAGCCCGAGAGCCGUCAGGCUGUGAGUUGCAGUCCGGACGAGGAAGGCACUGAUAGGCAAGACCACAGUCAUGACGAUGAGGCUAUCGUCACUGAGGACACCACCCAAGAUUUGGCGACGGGCUCGAUCAUCUCAGUACCCAUACCAUCCAUCGCCUCACCGUUGCUAGUCCCCGAACCAAGUGGCGAAUCCAUGACGGUCGGUCUGAGCUGGAAUCUGGUGAACAAUAAUCACAUUCCAGAGCCCUACUUGAAUCCGUCACCCUCGGGAAGCCUACGCCCAACACAAGAUGCGUCGGGCAUCGGUGCAUACGCGCACCCAGGGACUUUCUCAAUCUCUUUCCCCGAAUCUCUCGACUUUUUAAAUGCGGAAAAUUCGUUGCCUUGUCAAGACUUUACGUUCUACGAUGCGGAGGCGAUGGCUUUUCACCUCGAGCCUGGUAUGUCCGAUGCUCAGGCAACGGCACCACCGGGCUAUCUUCCGGAUAGCGAAACACUACAGUUGGGGGCAGGAAUCAGGUGAAUGGGAGCGUAACCUUGACUCUGGAAUAUUACUGGAGGUUGAUAGCAAUCUAUUAUUCCUCAUGUGAUCUGGCUAUAUGACUAUUCAUAAAUCAAUUCAUGGCGUUCCUGUCGAAGAGCGCUUAGAUGAUCUUCAAAA